AGGCGUGUUCUUUGAGUGUCACUCUAUUUCAAAAGGCUAGGCCAGCACUUUCCAACUGGCUGCUAACGUGAAACCGAGUAGGUGGAAAUUGGAAUUUUACGAAGAUUUUUUUGCACACAAUGUCUUCAGAUGAAGAGGAUCCAGCCAGUCCUGUUUUACCCAAAGACUCAGACCGGGGCAGCUCUGUGUCUUCUGAGCUUCAGGAUGAAUAUGAGGAGCUUCUCCGCUACGCUGUUGUCACUCCGAAGGCUGAAGCUCUUGCCGGCACUCGGCGGAGGAGCCCAAUUUUCCAGAGCAGAGAAGAGACAAAUUCACAGCACCUUCCAGGUACUUUCAGGAGAUUCUGCAACAGAAGCUAAAGAUGGGAGGCAUUCCAGCAGGAGCGUGAGGUCAUCACAUGCAUCCCCCCUGAUAGUUGAACCUUCCACGCGCUCAAGAGCCUCGGAAUUAAGAAAUGAAAGAAGGCCAGGUCAAUCUCCUGACAGAGCAUCGGGGGUCUCAGACACUCGCUCGGACCACUUCCAGGUCCCGUCUGAGGGUUCCAGGUCAAGUAGCCCAGACCUCCACGAGUCUGCAAUGAGGGAGAUCUUUAUCACACCAGAGAACAUGAGCAAGAUGGAGAACAUUCUGGACACCUGGAGCAACAAUUUAAAGACAAAUGUAUUGACUGAGCUACAGAAGUGGAAGUUUGCUUUCAUGGAGCAACACCGGUUGGAGAUGAUGAAGGAGAGGGAAAGACAUGCAGCCCAAACAACUGGCCUGAAAUCAGAGCUGGACAGCCUGAAGGAACUGCUACACACCUACGAGACUUCCAACCAGAGGAAGGAUCAGGUGAUUGUGAACCUAAGUCAGGUGUUGGACAAACAGAAGGAAAAGUUGGAAAAGAUGAAGGCCCUCACCCAAUGGAGAAUCAGGCACACUGAGGCCAAAGAAGAGGCUUAUGCUCUCCAGAUGGCACAGCAGCACUACAGCUUCCAUUUGAAGAAGAAAGUGUGGUUUGCCUGGCACUCUCUAAUUGAGAAACACUGGAAGGUGAAGGUGGAACGAGCUUGCAGGUUGAGGGCUGAAGAGGUCUGCUCCCGCUUAUCCAACGAAUAUGAGGCCAAGCUGGCCGAGCACUGUGAGACCAUCGAGAAGGCUCAGUCAGAGAUAUGCAGACUGCGGCUAGAGCGGGAGCAGUAUGAAGACUCCAUGAAGAAAGCCUUCAUGCGAGGUGUUUGUGCUCUCAACAUGGAAGCUCUGAGCAUGUUUCACUCCACAGAAGGACGACCUGAGCAGCCUCCGCCACAAGAACAGCACGAUUUUCAGCAGGAAUCGGCCACAACGACUCAUUUUCAGCCAUAUCCCACCACCUCUUCAAGGUUCAGUCCGCUCCAUUUUGACCACCCAGAACCCCCCCAAAGUGAAGCAGAUGACGUACUGGGUUCAAGAGCUCCUAUGUCUCAGGAAGAAGGACGACCUCCCACGACUGUUGUGCACAGCUCCGUUCCACUUGGCGGCUUUUCCAGUUCUCUGAAACAGGUUAGUGGUCGAUUUGUCACAUCAAGUCAACAAAAGCCUGCAAAAACGGUCACAGCUCGUAUCACAGCGCGGGCAGACGUUAGUAAGGCACCACGGGCCAACCUACAGGUGAUGGGAGUCGCUCCACCGAUGAGCUCCGUGAUAAUUGAACGUCAUCAUCCCAUCUCACAGCUCACCAUUGGACAAGCCACAGCUGCUAAGUUCCCGCGCUCGUCACAGCAAACCCAGGCCCCCGCUGCCAGCAGAGGGUCAUCACGAACACACGCCAGCACGUGCCAUGUGCACUCCAUCAAAGUAGUUGAAUGAUCGCAACAUCAAAUAGACUCAAUUUAGGAGUUUACCUUUCUAUGCAAAAAAAAGUAUUACAUUCAUUUAAAUCCAA